CCUUGAUUGAGUUUAGACUACUGUAGAGCGUGAGGGUCUUAAAUAACUCUGCUUUGGGAAGCGGUUGGUCUGGGUGUUGUAUUAACUGUACCACAUUCAGACGAAGCUGCAUCACUCUGAAGGAUGGAGCCCCAGGAGUCAGAUGUGCAGUACGCUCGCUGGAAUGAGAGCUGCCAGGAUGAAGUCAACAUCAAUGUCUCUUCCACAUCCACACUAGAGGGGAUCUCCAAGCAGCUGUGCACUGGGACGCCUGGCAUUGCCAUGAAGUUGAUCGGAGUGCUUGCGAUUCUGAGCCUCGUUUUCAUCAUUGGAUACGUCACUGGCUACUACGUACACAAGUGUAAAUAAGCGAUGUUUCAUUUGAUCACAGAGCAAAAACUUUUUCAGUUGUGCAACAAAAGAAAAGCAUUGCAUGAAGUGUGUAUCCACCAGCAGAUUGGGUUUGUAGAUUGUUAGAAUUGAAACCAUCAAGUACACAGCUGUUCAAUUCUUAUGCUCUGGUAAAUUAGAAAUAUGUGCAACCAGGAGAGAAAAUGGAAUAUGAAUAUCAAGUUGGGUUCACCUAACAAGUCAUCAUUGAUAUGUCAGCUGGACCCAGAUAAAUAUUGAUACACGUUAAUUUGCUUUAUUGCAAGGAUUUAUAAUUUACCAAUGUUUCCUUUAAAAAGGGAAUAUAAAAUUUGUGUGCUGCAAAAUAAUUUCAGAUGUGCUGCUCAUAACUACAGCAUUCGAUCUGUCAGAAAUUAUGGGUGUAAGCGAUCAAGUUACGCAGAUGGGUAAUAGUUCUUAGGGUUUUUCUGCGUUGAUGCCUAUCAUGUUUAUCUGCAAAGCCUUUAGCAUGUGAAAGACGUUCAUUUCUUUACUGUUCUGUUGUUUUACAAGUCCAAGACCCUCCUCUGCCGCCUCUCAAUAUAUUCUUUAUCAGAUGGAUAUUAACAUUGCAAAGAAAACGGUUUUAUAUUUACAAAUAAUAAGAACCAUGAGUUCAGGUGACUGGUCAUGUAGGUUUUACUGUUCUUUUUUCUAUAGACUAUUACCACCAGUCCUCAGUGUGAAGCCUGUUUCUUCUGUAGAUGUACAUAGAAAUAAUACAAUAUCCUCAAACUAUAUUUUAUCAGUGAUUUUCCAAUCAAUCAAAUUCAUAUACUCCUAGUAUCACAGUUGAUAUUGAUAUGAAUAUUGAAUUCAAAUUUCACUGAACAUAUACUUUAGAACUAAAAGCAACAUGUUUAACAAAGAAACAAUC